AUGUCUGCACAUCAGCAUUUAAUUUCUGAUUUUACAGAGGGUUCUGGCUCAUGGAUUGACCAGGCACAAGGUUUUGAUACUCUUGCCGUUCAUGGUGGUGUGAAACCGGAUCCUGUUACUGGUGCUAUUUUGACUCCAUUGUAUCAGAGUACUACGUUUGUACAGGAAUCUAUUGAAAAGUAUCAAGAGAAAGGGUAUAGUUAUACUCGUACUUCAAAUCCAACCGUUGUUGCCCUGGAAAAGAAGCUUUGUUCUAUUGAACAUGGUGAUUUUGCAACUGUGUAUAGUACAGGUAUGGCUGCUACUACUACUGCUAUUUCUUCGUUUAUGAGUGUUGGUGAUCAUGCAAUUGUUACGGACUGCAGCUAUGGUGGAACGAACCGUGCCUGUCGUGUGUUUUUUUCGCGUCUAGGAAUGGAAUUUACUUAUGUUGAUAUGCGCGAUUUGAAGAAUGUUGAAGCAGCUGUUAAACCUAACACGAAGUUGGUCAUUUCUGAGUCUCCUGCUAAUCCGACACUCACUUUGAUUGACAUUGGUGAAUUGUCAAAGUUUUGCAAGAGCAAGGGUAUUAUUCACAUGUGUGAUAAUACGUUUGCAACUGCAUUUAUUAUGCCAGCACUUGACCAUGGUGCCGAUGUGACACUUAUCAGCACAACUAAAUUUGUGGAUGGACAUAAUAUGACUGUUGGUGGUGCAUUGGUUACGAAGAGAAAAGAUCUUGAUGAAAAGGUGCGAUUGACGCAAAAUAUUCUUGGUAAUGCUAUGUCCCCAUUUGUGGCUUAUCUUCAGUUACAGACGGUGAAGACCAUGUCGUUACGUGUGGCGAGGCAGAGCGAGAAUGCUCAGCGGAUAGCGGAAUUCCUCUCAACACAUCCCGCAGUGGAGCGAGUGGUGUAUCCCGGUCUCGCAAACUUUCCACAGAAAGUUCUCGCCGAUCGCCAACACGCCCGCAAUCUCCAUGGCGGUAUGUUGUGGUUUGAGGUCCGUGGCGGAACUGCUGCCGGGCGGCGACUGAUGGACACUGUGCAGCGGCCGUGGUCCCUCUGUGAGAACCUCGGCGCCACAGAGAGUAUUAUCACGUGUCCAUCCGUCAUGACACACGCAAACAUGACAAAGGAAGACCGUUUGAAGGUUGGCAUCACGGACGGUUUUGUGAGGGUGUCUUGUGGUAUUGAGGAUGCGGAGGACUUGAUUGCAUCUCUCAAGAAGGCACUUGACACACUGAAGUAA